CCGAAACGCGGGAAUUGGGAACUGUUUGGUGACCGUUUGAACUGAUUUGGUGGUUCUGUCCUGAUCGCCCGGUUACUGCAUGAAAAGCAGCGUCUGUGAAUGGGCGGGAGGAGUGGGGAGGGUGAUUAUCGGAGAUAACACAGGCCGCUUGUGGCGAAAUUUGGAGAGCCGUAACCGUGACCUGUGUGAGUGGGGCCGGCCAGCCUUCCAUUUCCCCCCCGCCUUCCCACUGCUUUAGGGCCAUCAUCCACAAUGUGCUCCGACUGGAGAGGCGGCAGAAGCUGGAGAGGUGCCAGAGGGAGUCCGGCAGGCGGAUGGAGGGGCAGACCCUGGAGAGGGAGAGGAAACUGGGACAAGUCCAGAAGAGGCGGAGGAACUUUUCAACAGAGAACACCUCAUCCACGCCUAAUUCAGGGAACCUUGGAUCAGUUUAUACCAUAUAAAGGAUGGAAGCUUUACUUUUCAGAAGCAUAUGUUGGAAACUCCCCUUUUGUACAGAAGAUUAGUGCAUUUGAGAAAUUUUUCACAAAUCAUAUUGACCUGUAUGACAAGGAUGAAAUAGAAAGGAAAGGAAGCAUCCUGAUUGACUUUAAGGAGCUUGUAAAUGAUGAAGAGUUGAAAGCUCUAAUGCCGAAUUUAGCCACUGAAUUCAGGGAUAUGCCAGAAAAAUUAUUGGAUUGCUUGGGAUUGGCAGUUCAUCAGGUAAUAACUAGAGAUCUUGAAAAACAGGCGGCUCAAUUGGAUCAAGGGCUACCAAAUGAAGAUAUUCCAAUUGUAAAUGUCCCCUUCAUUCAUGCAAGGAUUUUUAACUAUGAGCCUUUGACAUUGUUGAAAAAUUUGCGAGCUAACUGCUAUGGAAAAUAUGUUUCCCUUCGUGGGACAGUUGUCCGUGUCAGCAACGUUAAACCUUUCUGCACUAGAAUGGCCUUUACUUGUAAUACAUGUGGAGAUACUCAGAGCCUACCUCUUCCCGAUGGAAAAUACACACUCCCUACAAAGUGUUUAGCGCCGGAAUGUCGUGGCCGAUCAUUCACGCCGAAUAGAAGCUCUCCCUUGACAGUUACUGUAGACUGGCAAUCUAUCAAAUUGCAGGAGCUUGCAUCAGAUGACAAGAGAGAAGCUGGAAGAAUUCCUCGAACUAUAGAGUGUGAGCUUAUCCAGGACUUGGUGGACAGUUGUGUCCCAGGUGAUAUGGUAACCGUCGUAGGAAUUGUCAAAGUGGCAAACAGCAGUGAAGGGAAGACUAAAAACAAAGAUGACAAGUGCAUGUUUUUUUUGUACAUUGAGGCCAACUCUAUCAGUAACAGUAAAGGGCGAAGAAUUUUGAGUUCUGAAGAGGUAUCUGGUGAAACAGCCUCCAUGGAAUUUACACUUAAAGAGCUUUAUGCAAUUCAAGAAAUUCAAGCUGAAGAGAACCUUCUCAAGUUAUUUGUUAACUCCUUAUGUCCUGCUAUAUAUGGUCAUGAGCUUGUCAAAGCAGGAUUGGCAUUGGCACUCUUUGGAGGCUGUCAAAAAUAUGUGGAUGAUAAAAAUCGCAUUCCAAUCAGAGGCGAUCCUCAUGUGCUUAUAGUCGGUGACCCUGGACUCGGAAAGAGUCAAAUGUUACAGGCAAUAUGUAAUGUUGCUCCACGUGGUGUUUAUGUCUGUGGUAACACCACCACCAGUUCGGGACUUACUGUCACCUUAUCAAAGGACAGUGGAUCAGGAGAUUUUGCACUGGAAGCAGGGGCUCUUGUACUUGGUGAUCAAGGCAUUUGUUGCAUUGAUGAAUUUGAUAAAAUGGGUAACCAGCACCAAGCCUUACUGGAAGCCAUGGAGCAACAGAGUAUCAGUCUGGCCAAAGCUGGAAUUGUUUGCAAUUUACCUGCCAGAACUUCAAUUCUUGCAGCUGCUAAUCCAGUUGGGGGACAUUACAGUAAAGCUAAAACAGUCUCUGAGAAUUUAAAAAUGGGAAGUGCCCUACUUUCAAGAUUUGAUUUGGUAUUUAUUCUGCUUGAUACUCCAAAUGAAGAUCAUGACAACCUUCUUUCAGAACAUGUCAUGGCUUUGCAUGCUGGGAAGAAAGCAACCUUGAGCAGUGCCAUAGUUUUACGUCAAGGCACACAAGACGCUAAUACAUCGAUCCUUGAAGUUGCUUCAGAUAGGCCAUUAUCAGAAAGAUUAAAGGUUUACCCUGGAGAACACUUUGAUCCUAUUCCUCAUCAGUUACUGAGAAAAUAUGUAGGAUAUGCACGCCGUUAUGUUUGUCCAAAGUUAUCUGCUGAAGCAGCUCAAGUACUUCAAGACUUUUAUCUAGAGCUGAGGAGACAAAAUCAAGGUCCAGAUAGUACUCCAAUUACUACAAGACAGCUGGAGUCUCUUAUAAGGCUUACAGAGGCAAGAGCAAAAUUAGAACUCAGAGAAAAUGCAACAAAAAGUGAUGCAGAAGACGUCGUGGACAUCAUGAAACAUAGCUUAUUAGAUACUUUCUCUGACGAGUUUGGAAGAUUGGAUUUUCAACGCUCGCAGCAUGGUUCUGGAAUGAGCAAACGGUCCCAGGCAAAAAGAUUUGUGGCUGCUCUGAACAGAAUAGCAGAACAGACUUACAAGACUGUUUUUGAAUUUCACCAACUCAAGCAGUUAGCUAGAGAAAUACAGAUACAGGUGUCUGACUUUGAAGGAUUUAUCCAUUCUUUGAAUGACCAGGGAUACUUGUUAAAAAAGGGACCAAGACUUUAUCAGCUCCAGACCGUGUGAUUGCAGAUUGAUCACAAAAAUAUCUUUGUGGAAUUGUACUAACUCCUUUAAAGGAGAACAAAAGCAAGGAGAACUGAAAUGACAUCCACCUUUGGUGAUUUGGUUAUUAUAUUAUAAAUGUCUGAAGGUUCAAAUUAGUAAAAUAGUGUGGAAUGGUUGAACCAUUUAAUAAUAACCUGUGAAGAGAAAGUAUUCUUAACUUUUCAGGUGCAGUGACCUUUCUGAUGUGAAGAAGUGUCACUGGAUUUGUAAUGAUGCAGAGGUUCUCCAGAAAUUUCUGUUUUUAUUUCACAUUUCCAGCAUGCACAGUUAUUUGUUCAAUUUAGUUAAUAUCUGAGAUUUGAACGAAAUACUCAUCUGGCUUUAAAAAUGUAACUAGCCCAUUCAGGUUAGAUAGAUGCACACAUUUGUUUCAUUUCAUAACCUUUAGAAAGUAUUGAUUGGAAUAGAUUUGUUUGUCCUCAUUACAUCCCCAAUUUCAAAGAUAAGAGUUACUGUUGAACUCUAAAUUUGAGGUAGAGCAGCAUGUUGAUAAUUUGCUGUGUUACAGAAAGAUGGGCUUGUACCACAGCCUGUGUAUUCCACGUAACUAGUUCUGGUGUUGGCUGUAGUUUUGAAAAAAGAAUGUAAAUUGAUUUGGGAACAUCAGAAGGAAGAAAGUUGCACUACAUUGUUCCUGUGGACUUUCCAUCUUAUUGGUGCAUUGCAUCCUGCUUUGGAAAGAUGGAGAAUAGAAAGCUGACAGUUGUUCUCUGUUGAAAUUAUAUAGUGGGCUGGAUGGAGUUAAUUGGACCAGUGUGUUUAGGUGGACGAUAAUUGCAAUUUUAAAAUUGUACAAUUCUGACUAUUUAAUAUCUGCCUGUAUGAAAUUCUUAACUUAAAUUCUAUGCUGGAAACGUCUUCUGUUAACUUGCCACUUCAGAGCUGCACCCUACCAGUGGUAGCAUUAUAGAAUCUCUACUGGUGGUAGUGUAAUUACAAAUAUAAAUUUUACAUCAAUUUUCAUCACAAAGGCCAAAGCGCUAAGAAUUUAUACUGGAAGAAGGUUGAUUUAAGUCUGAGAUGCAUGAGUUUUAAUAAUCAUACAAAUGAGUCACAAUAAAACCUGUUGGAGCUUUAUUAAUAUGUCUUUGGGUAUUGAAAUUUAAAUAAUAUCUUGGCCUUGAGGGUGCUUAUUACCUCAACAGAUUUUUAUCUGUGAUUGUCACAAAAUAUGAUGUGGAAGUAUUUGGUUUAUGUGGAUUCAAUGCAUUAGUAGGGAUGAAGGGCCUGUUUAGACCACCUCCACAAAUGUGUAGUGAGAAGUCAGAAUUUUUGAAGAAAGAACCUUUUCAAUGUAAAACCAUUGCUGUUAAAUGAGUCUUUUUAUUUUGGUAGAUGUUUAGAUUAGUAAAUAAGUGUUUUCUCAAUUCAUUGUAGAAAUUUUACUUCAAAUGUUGGUGAAAAGUGUAACUUAUACCAAAAAUCUGUAAUUCUGUUAUGUGUAAA